AUGUCCCACCUUCCGUGUUUUUGCUACAAAGGAUUUGGCGAAGAGAAGCGCCAGGAGCUUUGGUACAGCCAGGCUGUGCGUAUCGGAGACAAAAUUGAGUGCUCUGGUCAAGGCGGCUGGAACCCCGAAACAAGCGAAGUCCACAAAAGCUUGUCCGACGAGUUCGACCAGGCGUUCAAGAAUGUCGAUCUAGCCCUUCGCACCGCUGGCGGAAAAGGGUGGUGUCAGGUGUACAAAAUCCGUGUGUAUCUUACCAUCAUUGACGACGAAGCGGUUGAGGCGUUGGUUCGCAACUUGAGGACGUGGAUGCCGGAUCAUCAGCCUAUUAUGACGGCGAUUGGGGUGAAUAAGUUGGGCUUGGAAGGGAUGAGGAUCGAGGUGGAGGCUGUUGCUCAUGAUCCCGAGGGGGCUGCGAAGCAUGCUGCGGAGGAGGCAGCUGGUUCGCAUUAG